AUGGCCCCAGCAAGAAUAUCCCACGACCCAGUCCUCCGUCGUGAACCAGCAACCCAGAGCCGUGACUUCCAAAUCCGCAACCUCAACACAGACCUUUGCGUCUGCGGCGGUGGCUUCGCAGGGACCAUCGCCGCCAUCGCAGCAGCCAGAAAUGGCGUCGAUGUUGUCCUGAUCCAAGACAGGCCUGUUCUCGGCGGCAAUGCCUCCAGUGAGGUCCGCUUGUGGAUUCUUGGAGCGACGUCGCAUAUGUUUAACAACAACCGCUAUGCGAGAGAGGGUGGACUUGUUGAUGAGAUUCUCUUGGAGAAUCUGCAUCGUAAUCCCGAAGGCAAUCCGCUGAUUUUGGAUACUAUCCUCCUGGAAAAGGUUCGACUUGAAAGUAGGAUCCAGUUGUUCCUGAAUACCGCCUUAAUGGGCUGUGAGAAAGAGAAUGAGAGGAUUAGUUCUGUCAGCGCCUUCAAUUCGCAAUCUUCUCUCAAGUUCAACAUCCAAGCCCAGCAAUUCAUCGACUGCACCGGCGACGGCACACUCUCAUUCCUCGCCGGCGCACCCUUCCGCAUCGGCGCCGAAAAGCGCGAUGAAUUCGGCGAACUCUUCGCCCCAUCCUCCGAGUACGGUCAUCUCCUCGGCCACUCCAUCUACUUCUACACCAAAGACACCGGCAAGCCUGUCAAGUACGUUGCGCCUUCAUACGCAUUGAAGGAUGUCGAGAGUGAGAUUCCGCGUUUCAAGAGCUUCAGCACAAAAGAGAUGGGCUGCAAUCUAUGGUGGAUUGAGUACGGUGGUAGACUUGACACCAUACAUGAUACUGAGCAGAUUAAAUGGGAGCUAUGGAGGGUUGUGUAUGGUGUUUGGGAUUAUUUCAAGAACUCGGGGAGGUUUCCUGAGGCUGAGAAUCUGACUCUUGAAUGGGUUGGUACGAUUCCAGGGAAAAGAGAGAGUCGACGCUUCAUUGGUCCUACUAUCAUGGUUCAACAAGACAUCGUCGAGCAGUGCUUUCACUCCGAUGCUGUAUCAUUUGGCGGCUGGUCCCUUGACUUACAUCCCGCGGAUGGUGUAUUCUCCGAAGUCGACGGCUGCACACAAUGGCAUUCCAAGGGCGUCUACCAAAUCCCAUUCUCCUCAAUGGUAUGCGCCGAUAUUCCCAACCUCAUGUACGGCGGCCGCAUCAUGUCAGCGUCCCACGUCGCCUUCGCAUCUACUCGCGUCAUGGCAACAUGCGGCGCCAAUGCCAACGCCCUGGGAAUCGCAGCAUCCCUGUGUAAGAAGCAAAGCAUUGACCCCAUGCAACUACUGGUCAAAGGCAACAUGAAGAACUUCCAGUGCGAGUUGAUGCGCUUUGGCCAGUUCAUCCCGGGAUACAAACUCAACGACCCAACUGACCUGGUUCGCUCGGCUUCUAAGAUUGAAGGUUCUGCGUUUGAGCUAUCCCAGCUUCCUGCUGAUGGGCCCCCUAAAGUCUUGGUAAGAAGCCUCGCGCAGAUGCUUCCUUUGCAGCAUGGUCCUGUGCCAAAGUUUUGCAUUACGGCUAUGUCAGUUGACAACACUGAACUGACCGUUCAACUUCGUGGCUCUCAAAAGCCCUACAACUACACCCCUGAGGUAAUACUCGCCGAAAGGAAGUUCUCUUUGGUCCCGGGCGAGAACGACAUAGUCGUCGACUUUCAGAUGGCGAAUCCACAAACGCAAUACGUCUUCCUAGCCUUUCUCCAAAACGACUCCGUAGCGCUUUGCACCACCAAGACGCGCGUAUCAGCUCUCAUGACUGUUGAGCAUGAGUGCACCCAAGAACCUCCUAGCGACGUCGGAGUAGACACCUUUGAGCGCUGGACGCCUGUCAGGAGACCGAUGGGACACAAUCUUGCGCUGACAUUAGAUCCGCCUUUGAGAGCAUGGGGAGUAGAGAAUGUCAGCAAUGGAGUUCCUCGUCCGACUAAGAGAACCAACUGCUGGGUACCAGGCUCCGGCAGGAAAAUCAUGAAGAUCAGCUGGGAAACCCCUGUUAAACUGAACAAGGUUGUUGUCCAUUUUGACACGGACUAUGAUCAUGCGCUGGAGUCUGUCUUGAGAGGUCAUCCGGAGCGGAAUAUUCCUUUUUGCGUCAAGAAGUGGCGUCUCCUUGAUCUUUCUGCGGAGGAGAAAGAGAUUUAUGUCGAAGAUGAUAACCAUCAUUCACGACGGGAGGUUAGGCUCGAGUCUGGUAGGAGUGUGAAGGAGCUUGGAGUUGAGAUUCUUGAACUAAAUGGGGACGAGAAUGUUUUUGGAGGAAUAUUCGAAGUUCGCGUCUAUGAGUAG